AUGCAUAUGCGUAGCGUAAAACACAUCAUGUUGCUGUCUAAAAUCUUGCUUCGUGCCCCGAGGCACGUCGGCCCCCGCGCUUUCCACACCGACACAGGCUACGGCCUCCUCUUCAAAAAGAACCAAACCGCUUUCUCGAUGGGCGUCCGUGACGGACGAGUCGAGACCACCGAGACGAGCCCCCAACCGACGAGCGGCGCGCGCACCGACUGCUCGGAAAUGUGCCUCGCGUUCAAGCCCGGCCACUCGUCUAACAAGGUUCGUCUCACGCGCCACCCGUCAGGCGAGACUGUCGACCUCCCGCCACUCGCCCGCCACUCGAAAGUCACGCAAAUGGAGUCGUGGGGAGCGGCGGGCCAAAAAAUGGUCGUCUACUUUCCGCCCGACCCAUACGCGGUCGAGAAUAAGGAGGAGUUUCAUAUAAUAACUGUCGGCGACGAUAUGUUUUUGAGACAAGUUGGUCCAUUGAAGUUUGUUUCGGAUUUUAGUUUUGCAAUCACACCAGAACCAAUUACUUACUAA